CAAACCCCUCUCAAAAGACUGAAAAGAGCACCAAACUUGUGUGUAGAGAAAGAAAGGCACAAUCUUGUACAUGGCUCCCUCCACACCAACGUCACAACUACCCACCACCGCAGUCGAUGAAGGCGAGGCCACCACGAUCUCCGCCGUCCAUCCGGACAUCAUCCGAGCUCAUAUCCUAACCCGCCUCGAUGGGCCCACCUUAGCCACCACCGCCUGCACAACCUCUCAACUCUACACCCUCUCUACACAAGAAGACCUUUGGACAAACGUUUGCCACUGCACGUGGCCCUCUACCAACACGCCACGUCUCCGACACGUCAUCACCACGUUUCCGACAGGGCCCCGCUCCUUCUUCUCCGACUCGUUCCCGCUCCUCACCACCAUUUCGGACCCCACGGCCGCGAAUUCUGCGCGGAAUCCUGACCGUCCGUCCGAGCUAAUCUCGGCCGUCGAUGUGUACUACAAAGGAAAGCCCAUUUUCUGCAAGGUCAUCGAGACCGAGACCGUGACUGCGUGGUUCCGGUGCUCGCCGUUUCGGCUCGACCUUCUGGACCCGAAAGACGUGGUUCCCACGAGUAUCAAAUAUCCGGAGGGCGACGACAUGUGUCGGGAGCUGGAGGAAGACCUGACGCUGAGCUGGAUCCUGAUCGACCCGAUCGGACGGCGGGCCGUGAACCUCUCGAGCCAGUCGCCGGUGUCCGUACAAAGACACUGGCUGAGCGGGGAGGUGCACGUGCGGUUCGCGACGAUCCUGGAAGGCGGCGAGAGAGGGUCAUCGUCGGAGUCGGCGCACUGCGGGGUGGUGGUAACGUGCGGUGGGUCCCAGGGAGGGGAGCUGGUGGUGAGGGAGGUGAGCUUGCAGGUGGAGGACAUGGAUGGGAUGCACUUGAAUGGGAAGGACAGUUUGGGGAUUUUGCAGAGGGCGUUGGAGGGCAGAAUGGGAAGAAGGGGAAGGAGGGAAGAGGAAGGUAGGAAGAGGUACCAAGAGUAUUUGGAGAGGAAGAGGGAAAGGAAAGAGAGAAAGCUGAGGACAGAAGGGACAUUGGAUAUGUUGUUCAUGGCAUUUGGGGUCUUGGUCUUUGCCAGUUUUUGGUUGAUUGUUUUGUGCAGAUAGAAAUAAAAAAGAAAAAUACAUGGUUGUUACUUGUUA